AUGAUUAACAAUGAUAAAAUUGAUGAAAAUGAUUGUGAACCAUCAAAUGUACGACGAAAGACGAAUUUUACAAUACUCUGUAUAACAUUUAUUCUUGUUUAUACAUCGUUUAAUGCUGUCACAAAUUUACAAUCUAGUAUUCAUGAAGAUACAAGUGUUGGUUAUUAUUCAUUAGCUAUUCUUUCUGGAUGCACAGUUUUAUCAUGUUUAUUCUUUACAAAUCCUCUUAUUUUCUUAUGCGGAUACAAAUGGACAAUUGUAUUAGCUCAAUUCGGUUUUCUAAUCUAUACGGCCGCUAAUAUAUAUCCUAAAGUAUGGCUUAUUUAUCCAGCUUCUGUAAUCUGUGGUUUAUUUAAAGCUGGUUUUUGGACAGCACUUAGUGCCUACGUAAGUGAUUUGAGUAUUGGUAAACAGGUUGGACCUGAUACAAAAGCUGUGAUUAACAAAUAUUUUGGUAUUUUCUUUGCAACAUUUCAAAGCGGUCAAAUCUGGGGUAAUUUAAUUUCAUAUAUGGUUUUACGAAAUAGCAGUAGUACAGUGGCGAUGACUAAUAAUUCGAGUGAAUUACAAUGUGGUGCUCAAUUUGCCGAAUAUAAACAAAAAGGAAUGAAUAGAUCAAUUGUCAUAAACUCUUCAACAGCUUAUAUUCUGUAUGGUGUUUUUAUGGGAUUGAUUGUUCUUUCGAUUAUUCUGAUUAUUCUAAUGUUGGAUCAAAAACGUAAAUGGAAAAGAGCUACAGUGAAAGAUUUAUUGGUCGAUUCUCGACAUUUUAUCAUUUCAACAUUUAAACAAAUGAAGUAUUUGAAACAACUUCUUAUUCUACCUUUAGCAUUUUGGAUUGGAACAUUUCUUGGCUUCGUCUUCGCGAUUUUUACAAGUAGUUUCAUCACUUGUACACUUGGAUUACCUUUUGUGGGUUUAAUAAUGAUCACUUAUGGAAUUACAGCUUCAAUUUUCAGUGUAGUCGUUGGUUGUCUUGGAAAAUACAAUCUUCGUGUACCUUGUUACAUUUUCGCUGCUAUUUUAUGUUAUGCAUCAUAUUUAGUAAUGCUACUAUGGAAACCAGUUCCAUCACAAGCUUAUGUAUUAUUUCUAUUAGCCGGCAUGCUAGGUAUUGCUAGUGCUAUAUGGGAUCCAAUAGAAGCUGCAUUGUAUGGAAUCUUAUUUGUGGGACAAGAAGAAGCAGCUUAUUCGAAUUUAUGGUUAGGUCAAAAUAUUGGUUAUUUUGUUGUUUACAUCUAUGGACCAUCCAUGCUGACACAAACGGCUAUUAUAUUACAAAUAAUAUAUUUAACAAUAGCUCUACUUGGAUACUUUGCGGUGGAAAUCCUGCUAUAUAAAAAAAAACGUCGACAGUUGCUCUUGACAGAUAAUCAUAUCAACGUCGCUUCCAUUUUUUAA